CCGGUCCCGGUCGCCAUUUUGGGGGAAAGUUUGGGAUUUCUCCGGCAGUGACCGGGAACAGCAGGAGGAGGAGCGGCGGCGAGGUGCCCCGGGCCCCACCUCUGGGGGUGGGUAGGGACAGAGACCGGAGCUGGGAGGGAGAAGGGGGGAGUGGUUCACCGGCGGCGAGUCAGCGAACGACUGCACCUCCCCAGGAGGGAGGAGAGCCCGGAGCGUGAACCCGCACCUGAACCCGCCUGACUGGGGUGGGGGCGGGGACAGGGAGACGCUCGGCCCCGCGCUCUGGGCUGUACAGAUAAGGGGAUUGGGGGGGGGAAGGGUUUGCUGGAGGCCGCCGCUCGCUGGAUCCCCUGCAGAGGAGAGAGAGAGAGAGGACACCCCCUUCUCAAAAAAAAAUCCCCACACCCAGCAAAGGAUCCAGUGGGUGACCCUGAGAGUGAGGGGCAGACGCCAGGAGAGUCACCCUCAAGGACCCCCUUCCCCAAAAUAGCCUCCUGCAGUCACCUUGAACAAGUAGGACAGACCAGCCGGGACCGGGCAAGGUAACCAGCAGGAACUGUAUAUCCAGGCUGAGGAAGGAGAGAGAGUCAAGGAUGUGGUCCUCCUGAGGCCAAUGCUUUACAAACCGGUCAGUCCACUUCAGGAGGGAAACACGGGCUGAUGUUAAAAAGGAACCAAACAUAUCUCUCUCCUUCCAUUCUCCAAACAAGCCCCAGCCUGUUUGUUUUGAAGGAAAAUCGAUUGUCAGUGAAACCGAUUGCACUAAAUAUUUACACAUCCCCCCCCCCCCCCCGAGUCGGAGGGGAAAGUUGCGAUCCUGUGUAUCUGGUAGAUUGUCAGGACCUUCUGAAAGCGCAGAAGAAAAAAAAUCCUCCCUCCGGAGACUCUUGGGAGGGUAAUUUAGAACUGGAAUUGCCAACUGGAGGAACUUUUAACCUGCGAAGGAAAUCUGAAACAGGACGAUGCCGGUUCGAAAGCAGGAUGCUCAGCGAGCUCUGAAGCUCCUGGAGAAUUACCGUGCCAAGCUUGGCAAGACUGAAGACCGUCAGCUUCGUGCCUCCAUCGAGAGAGUUAUCAACAUAUUCCGCAGUAAUCUCUUUCAAGCAUUAAUAGAUAUUCAGGAAUUUUAUGAGGUGUCAUUGCUGGAUAAUCAACCGGUUCUUGCUCAAAAGACAACUGUUCCAGCAGUUCAUAACUGGGAUAUUUCCAACCUUCCAAGCACAACUGUUACGUCGGAGGCAGUCACUGUCAGCCAUAGCCCUAACACAGAGAAGUAUCGUUAUCAAGAUGACGACGCAUCUCCACAAGAACACAGCUCUCCGCAGAUUAGCAAUGAUGUGAAAGGCCCUGAGCUUGUACAUGUGUCAGAGAAGAACCUAUCUCAGAUUGAGAAUAUACAUGGAUUUGUUUCUCAGUCACAUAUAUCCCCAAUGAAGCAGAUAGAGGCUACUCCUCCCACUACUCCUGUAAUCCCUGUGAUCCCUGUUAUGCCAGUCCCUGCUGAUGCCAGUGUCUUCUCGUCUGACAAUCAACAGGCGAAUCCACCUCCAGUUGUGGUGAAUACAGAUAGUUUGGAAUCUCAGCCGUAUGUAAAUGGUACAGAUGCAGAUUAUGAAUAUGAAGAAAUCACGCUUGAGAGGGGAAAUUCUGGCCUCGGCUUCAGCAUUGCAGGUGGUACAGAUAAUCCGCACAUUGGUGAUGAUCCCAGUAUAUUCAUUACAAAAAUCAUUGCAGGAGGUGCAGCUGCUCAGGAUGGAAGACUGCGAGUGAAUGACUGCAUCCUUCGGGUAAAUGAUGUGGAUGUAAGGGAAGUAACUCACAGUAAAGCAGUAGAAGCUUUAAAAGAGGCUGGAUCAAUUGUGAGACUAUACGUGCGGAGAAGGAAGCCGGUCACCGAAAAGAUUUUAGAAAUAAAACUUAUUAAAGGGCCAAAAGGUCUUGGGUUCAGUAUAGCUGGAGGUGUCGGAAACCAGCACAUUCCGGGUGAUAACAGCAUCUACGUAACCAAAAUUAUUGAAGGAGGAGCGGCACAUAAAGAUGGCCGGCUACAGAUAGGCGACAAGAUUCUGGCAGUUAACACAACCAGUCUCGAUGAAGUUACGCAUGAAGAUGCUGUUACUGCUUUGAAAAACACAACUGAAGUAGUAUAUUUGAAAGUUGCAAAGCCUACCAGCAUGUAUAUGAAUGAUGGAUAUGCGCCUCCAGACAUCACCAAUUCCUACCCCCAAUUGGAAAACCAUAUAACGCCACCAAACUAUUUAGUGAACACAGAAUACAAACCGACACUUCCUCCAUCAUCACCAGGCAGAUACUCACCAAUUACCAAAGUCAUGGGUGAUGAUGAAAUGACCAGGGAACCCAGAAAGGUGGUGCUACAUCGAGGAUCAACUGGUCUGGGCUUUAAUAUUGUCGGUGGUGAAGAUGGGGAAGGAAUUUUUAUUUCCUUCAUAUUGGCAGGAGGCCCAGCUGACCUGAGUGGUGAACUAAGAAAAGGGGACAGGAUUAUUUCGGUGAAUGGUAUUGAUUUGCGGAGUGCCACUCAUGAGCAGGCAGCAGCAGCACUGAAAAAUGCUGGGCAAGCAGUCACAAUUGUGGCACAAUACAGGCCUGAAGAAUACAGCAGAUUUGAAGCCAAAAUCCAUGAUCUACGGGAGCAGAUGAUGAACAGCAGCAUUAGCUCAGGAUCAGGGUCGCUGCGCACCAGCCAGAAGCGAUCCCUUUAUGUCAGAGCCUUGUUCGAUUAUGACAAGACCAAAGACAGCGGUCUCCCAAGCCAAGGCCUUAAUUUCAGUUUUGGUGACAUUCUGCACGUGAUCAAUGCAUCAGAUGAUGAAUGGUGGCAGGCUCGACAGGUAACGCCAGACGGUGAGAGUGAAGAAAUUGGAGUCAUCCCAAGCAAAAGGAGAGUUGAGAAGAAAGAACGUGCCAGAUUAAAGACGGUGAAAUUCAAUUCAAAAUCAAGAGAUAAAGGGCAGUCAUUCAAUGACAAGCGUAAAAAGAACAUCUUUUCCCGAAAAUUUACCUUCUACAAGAACAAGGAGCAGAGUGAGCAGGAAACCAGUGAUCUUGAACAGCAUGUAACCUCUAAUGCCAGUGAUAGUGAAAGUAGUUACCGUGGUCAAGAAGACUAUGUUCUCUCCUAUGAACCUGUUGGCCAGCAGGAGGUCCGUUACUCUCGUCCUGUUAUAAUUCUGGGGCCCAUGAAAGAUCGAAUUAAUGAUGAUCUGAUCUCGGAGUUUCCAGACAAAUUUGGAUCUUGUGUUCCACAUACAACCAGACCAAAGCGUGAUUAUGAAGUUGAUGGGCGAGACUAUCAUUUUGUUACAUCUAGAGAGCAAAUGGAAAAGGAUAUUCAAGAUCACAAAUUUAUUGAAGCUGGACAAUACAACAACCACCUGUAUGGCACCAGCGUGCAGUCUGUAAGAGAGGUAGCAGAAAAGGGUAAACACUGUAUCCUCGAUGUGUCAGGAAAUGCUAUUAAGAGGCUUCAAAUAGCCCAGCUGCAUCCAAUUGCUAUCUUUGUCAAACCAAAAUCAAUUGAAAACAUCAUGGAAAUGAAUAAGCGAUUAACAGAAGAUCAAGCAAGAAAAACUUUUGAGAGAGCUAUAAAACUUGAACUGGAAUUUACAGAGCAUUUCACAAGUAUUGUACAGGGAGACUUGCUGGAAGAGAUUUACAACCAGGUGAAGCAGAUUAUUGAAGAUCAAUCAGGGCCUUAUAUCUGGGUUCCAACCAAGGAGAAACUGUGAAGUCACUUCAUAAUAAUCAUCAUCCAUUGCUCGCAAUGAGGCUGGGCCCCCUUCUACAGGAUUCACUCUCUCCUGUUGAUCACAGAUCUUUCUCUCUCUCUUUGUGUGUCAUGAAAAGUGAUUUGUCUUUCACCUGGGGGCGUUCACAUCUCCUGUUUGUGAAAAUUGCUUGUACGUGAUACCUGAUAAAAUUACCACCGUAGUUUUUUUUUAAAUGAAAGGGAAAGGCCUGACUAACUGUUGAAGGGAGAUUCUAUGGUACAGUUCCUUAAUGUUUAAGGGCAACAAUUCUUCAGCAAUUUUCAGAAAAGCUUUAUAUAUAUUUUUCUUUUAAUAAUAAACUGAAAGAAAGGAAAAGUAAUCUUCAUGUUUUGCAUUGGGUUUGGAAGCUAAAUAAUUCUAAGCAGAUUUUUGCACGAUGAACUUUUGAAGCAUGGUUUGGCAGUGGAAAUCCUAACAAUUUUAUUGUUUGUUCUCUACCUGCAUUACUUGCUCAAGCCAUUGUUUGAACUGUCUUUAACUUUUCAUUUCUGCACCUGUUUGGUAAUUUCUGCUUUUGUUGAACAAGUCGUAAAACAUCAGUCUUUAAAAUACAAAGGAAUUUUAAUUCAUUUUACAAGGGUUCUUUACAAACCGUGCUUUUAUUUUUGUUUUUCCUUUUGCCAACUCAAAUGCACGAUAACUAAAUAUGAUAUAUUGAAUGCCGAUGAGAAUGUGUUCAAGUGACAUUGAGAAUAAUUUACUUUCACUCUUGUAGAGAAUCUACUUUUAUGAAUUUGAUUGAGAGGAGAAGCAAAGAGAAGCGGUAAAUAUGAAUUAUUUUAAAAAGAUAACUGACAUGAUUUUCAAUAGGAUUUUUCAAAUCAGAAUGAACUGGGAAAUGGGCCGAGUAUAAAUAAGGAAGUGGAUUUGGCUGAGGAAUAGAACUGAAACUUAAAUCAUGACUAUUUGUAAUGGGGCGUAAACUUGAGAUUUUAAGAUAUAUAAAUAAUUAACCCUCAGUAACUAUGUAUUUUGAUAUAAAUGAUCAACUAUAUUAUGCAUACUUUUAACAAAAUAUCCUAUAUAACUUACCAGGAAUAUGUUUCUUUAAAAUAGCUGCACAUAUAUUUUCUUUCUUUUUAACCAUCUCUCUCCAUGAAUGUUUCCUUUUUGUAGACCUGAAUUAGUGUUAUCAUUUUAACCAUAAGGAUCAUAUGGGAAAUGUGGUGAUGGGGGUAAAACAGUAUUUUGAGAAUAAAUGCAAGAAUUAAAAUGCAAAAGAAACCAGUUCUCCUCUUUCCCCCUUACCCAUCCCCAUGAAUUCGAUGUGAGGUUAUUCAAAGUGAUGUGCAUGUUUUCAAAAUGUUAAAAGCAAUUUGAAAUAAAAUAAUUUUUACAUUUUAUGUACACUUGCAAGUGGGAAUUGCAAAAAAUGUCAUAUCUUCCAUGUAGCUCUCAAUCAGAGGCUUCUGUAUUGAGAAAAUAUAUUUUAGCAGUGAUAGGAUAUGUUCUCAAAUCAAACUUUAACACUACAUUUAGAUUAACUGCCUGGUACCCAACCUUUGCUAGUAAUUUGGAAAUGAUAUGUUUUAUAUAGGAAUAAUGUGCUUACAAGCAGUUCAGUACACUUGACCCUUCUGGUGCUGCAGUUUGUACAGACUCUCAUCUAAUCCAUUCCAUUGUCAAGAGGGGAACAGCUAAUAAAUAUUAAUGUACAAUUUA